AUGUCAAUAUCAGUUCAAUAUGAAACUCUCCUUACGAAUGGUUCUAAAGAAUGUAUGACGGUAGAGUAUACGGGGGACGUUCUCACAGGAGGUACAACUGUACGAUCUUUCCAAAAUCCCUCAGAUGAAGACUGCACCAAAACACAUGGUGUUAUUUGUAUAGAAGAGGGGACAAAUAUUACUUCUCGAAUGUUCUACAACGAUCCAAGAACAACGUGGACAAAUGCCGUAUCAAGGUGUUAUCAACAGACCGGUUACCAAAUAUCAACGGACUUGGAUUGCACAGCACAGAGCAACAGUGCUCUCAACACAUUAGAAAAAGCCUGGCUCGGAAUUUUUAGAAGACACUAUAAUUUCACUAUCAGUAAACAAACAGACAUAUUGUCUACACAAGCAAAUAUUCACUGCAUUGCUGCCACAGUGGAUAACACAGGUAAACUACAUCUCAGUAAUCACGACUGCCAGACAUCACUUCCGGUAUGGUGUAUGUCACAACCAAUAAUUUCGUCAUCAUCGACUAGUCCAAUGUCAUCAUCGACUACAACGCCAAAGAUUACGAUGACGUCCACAAUACAAUCUAUUAUCACAAACAGCAUUCAAGUUGUAACGUCUGAUACACAGGAUACAAGUCUGCUCAUCACUAUUUCUGUACUAGCCACUGUCCUAGGAGUAGGGAUCCUUAUUGCUAUCGUCAUACUAAUAAGAAAAAUUCUUCAAAGUCGACAAACUCAAUCCAAUGUUUCAAUAAAACGUACUACUCCAAAUCGUAGGAGGCCAAUACAGGCAAACAAUGCAACAUCGCAUUAUGAAGAUACCUUAGAUUCCAUAUACGAAGAUAACAUUUAUUCAGUAAUAAUUACCAAUGAUGAGGAGACACCACGAUAUUCAGAGAUUUAUGAUGACAUUGAAAACAACGAGCCCGAAAAGACCUCUUCAGUAAAGUAUGUUAACACUUUACCAUCCUCUGAUGAAACAACGGUCUCAGUUACAUCCCAGCAGAUGGAAAAUCCGGAGUAUUUAGAAAUUAUAUCUCAAGAACCACAAAAUAUCAGCAAUGAAACAGUUCUAGAUUCUGAUAGUCAAGAUACUGACAGUCUCAGUAAGGUAAGUUACGAAAACACUAAAAACGAGGAAUCUUCGAGGAUCUCGGCUGCACAUGUAUCUGCGGACGAAAAAGAACAUUGACAAAGUUUAUAUUAGGUUCUGAAUGUACAAUG